UUUGAUUUUUCAGCCUUAGUAAUUCACUAAUGCUGUUUUAUGUGUUUAAUAUAUAACUGGCUUGAAUUUUUUUCUUCAACUGCUGAUACGAUUAGUUUCUGGAAGAAGAGCGAGAAGAAUGACGUUCUUCUUUGGCCCAGUACCGGAGAAUCUAUUUUAUGCAUUUUUUCACUGCAAUGAUACUAUGCAGGGGAGGGAAACUUGGUGUAGGUGGGAAUUUGGCUGCUCAGUGCCUCUCAGAUGAAUGAGACUUGGAAGCCUCUCAAGGACAGUGUUAUUUUUUCUUCCUUUCCAAACUCACUGGAAACACUCGAGGGAAUAAAGCUUUUUAUGCGUGUUUAAGGGACGGUGCGUUUACUCCAGCGCCUUCCCCCACAGCACCACCUCUUAAGCAGUUUGGGAGACUGUUUGUUUAGCACUCGAUAAAAAUAAAAGCUAAACUGAUUACCGCAGGUUAAAUUAACAUUUAUGACCUCUAGUAUGAAAAGCUCCACUUUCCUGCUGUGCAUGAAGAACGUAAAAGGGCUGUUGAGAUGCUUAAGUUAGCAUGCUCGCCGGACGCAUCCCAGGAGCUUCUUUUGCAGCAGGUGAAGGUGUCCGUGAGGCAAAACGUGAGCGCCGCCGACGUCGCCGUACCUGUGCGCUGCCCCACACCACCUACGAGGGGCCUCCGCCCGGGCCCGGAGAAGGGGCUGCAGCCGCCUCGGGCCGGGCCGGGCCGAGCCGAGCCGAGCCUGGCGCAGCAGGGCUCCCCGGGCCCAGCGCACCUGCCGCGGCGGGCAGGGGCCGUACACCGCCCCUGACGGGGGCAGGCCCCGCGGCCCCCCGCCGCCUCCCGCUCGCCCCCUGGCCCUCCCCCGCCGGGCUCAGGUGACGCUGGCCCCGGCGGCUCCCCGGGCCGCCGCGGAGCUUCCUGGUUCCCAGAAGGUGCCGGAGCGACGGCAACAGGAACUGAGAGACGGGGGAAGGAGGCGGUGCCGCUGCUCCGCCGCAGUCGCGGCCCGAGCCGGGGGAGCGGAGCAGCCAUGGGCCGCCGCCCGCCGCCGCAGCGCUGAGCCGCCCCCGCCGCCCAAGGCAGAGGGGCCGGCGCUGCCCGCUCGCCCCUGCCGCGCGGGGCGCUUCUCCCCGAGGGGCACUGGAGCAGCCGCCGGGGGCCCGCGAUGUGACCAUGGACAGCAGGUUCAAGGAAAAUCCAGAACGUACCUUUGAUUUGGUACUGAAAGUAAAAUGCCAAGCAUCUGAAGACGAAGAUCCAGUGGUACUGUGGAAGUUCCCAGAGGACUUUGGAGACCAGGAAGUGCUGAACAGUGUUCCAAAGUUCUGCUUUCCUUUUGAUAUUGAAAGGGUGUCCCAAAACCAAGUAGGACAGCAUUUUACCUUCGUGCUCACCGACAUUGAAAGUAAGCAAAGGUUUGGAUUUUGCCGUUUGACGUCAGGAGGCAAGGUCUGCCUCUGUAUUCUAAGUUACCUACCAUGGUUUGAGGUAUACUACAAGCUCCUAAAUACCCUGGCAGAUUAUUUGGCUAAAGAACAGGAAAAUGACUCAAACGAUUUGUUAAAAUCAUUGUAUAGCCAUCCUGUGCCAAAGGCGAAUGCUUUAGUCAGUUUAAGUGUGAACCAAGGGGUGAUUUUUGCAAGUGAGCAAGUUUUGAAAAAACAGCCUUGUCUUGUAUCGCACUCGUAUUUCAUUACUCCUGAUAUAACUGGAUUGCCAACAAUCCCUGAAAGUAGAAACCUCACUGAAUAUUUUGUUGCUGUGGAUGUGAACAACAUGCUGCAACUUUAUGCCAGUAUGUUGCAUGAGAGACGAAUCAUUAUUACCUCUAGCAAACUAAGCACUUUAACUGCUUGUGUUCACGCGUCAGCUGCAUUGUUAUAUCCAAUGUAUUGGCAACACAUUUACAUCCCAGUGCUUCCUCCACAUCUUCUGGACUACUGCUGUGCACCGAUGCCUUACCUAAUUGGUGUCCACUUAAGCUUAAUAGAGAGAGUAAAAAAUAGAUCACUGGAAGAUGUGGUUUUGCUAAAUGUUGACACAAACACUCUAGAAACCCCUUUCAAUGACCUGAACAACCUACCUGGUGAAGUGGUCUCGGCCUUGAAAAAUAAACUGAAAAAGCAGUCUACAGCUACGGGUGAUGGAGUAGCCAAGGCCUUUCUUCGGGCACAGGCAGCACUGUUUGGAUCCUACAGAGAUGCACUAAGAUACAAACCAGGAGAGCCUAUAACAUUCUGUGAGAAUAGUUUUGUGAAGCAUCGUUCCAGUACUACUAAGCAGUUCCUGGAAACUGCAGUUAAUCUUCAACUGUUUAAACAGUUUAUUGAUGGUCGACUAUCAAAAUUAAAUGCAGGAAGAGGAUUCUCUGAUGUUUUUGAAGAAGAAAUCACAGCAGGAGGCUUUUGUGGAGGAAAUUCAAGAUCUUAUCAGCAGUGGGUACAUACAGUGAAGAAAGGUGGUGCACUGAUCAACACAGCAAUGACCAAAGCCACUCCGGCUGUGAAAACAGCAUAUAAAUUUGCAAAAAAUCAGGCAAGGCAAGGAAUAAAAGAAGUGAAGAGUAAGUUAAAACACAAGGAGAGUGAGGAAGAGUAUGGAACUUGCAGUGCUGGUGCAGUACAGACUGCUCCCGUCUACCCAUUGCAUUAUGAGAAAAGAGCAAACUCAGAAAAACGAAGACUGGCACAGACUCGUUUCAACCAGCGCCUCAGUAACCAGGAUUUUGCCUUGGAUGAAUAUGACGAUGAUGAAAUGGAGAGAACAAGCAAGUUAUCAUCAGAAGACAGUGAAGAAGCUUCUGCUUGCUUUUAUGAUAGUGAUGAUUCUGGUGAAACUGGAAUAACUCCUCAGCAUCAAGGAGAAAUGGACUUGCUUGGGGAGAUUUUGGACACACUGAGCACACACAGUUCAGAUCAAGGAAAGCUCUCAGGAGCAAAAAGCCUGGAUUUCUUUAGGUCAAUGGAUGACAUUGAUUACAAGACUGCGAACAAGUCGAAUGCACCUAGUGAGACCAAUCUUACCCUGCUCUGCAGCAGUGCUAAUGAUCAAGCAGAGUGGAACCUCGGUCAGGAUGACAGUGUCCUCCAUGGGAAGCAGCUCCCUCCAUCGCCAAGGAAGCACGUUUCUUCUGGUGGCCAUAGAGAAUCUCUCUCAAGGCUGGAAGAAGAAAGUAGUGACAGAACCUUUAUUACUGACAAGAGGGACACCACUAGUAUGACAUCCCCAUCUCCAGUACAAUCAAGUGCCCAGUUUGCUUCUCUAGAAAGUUUCAAAGCAGGCUAUUCUUUCUGUAAGUAUGCAAAGCAGAACGAAACACUAAGCAAUACCUCAGAAGAUCAGCUCCCAGCAAGUCUUGCUCAACAUACAUCCAUUCUGGUCCCUUGGGAGAAAGAUGGGGAGGAAGGAAAUGAAACCCCAGAGGAGGGUGGGCUUCUUCAAGAAGUGGUGUCAUUAUGUAAACUGAGUUCUGCUUUUCACUAUGGUUUAAGUAUUUCAAAGGAUAGCUUAUCCAGUAGUAGCAGUGGGAAUAAAACGUAAGAAAACUAUGAGAAGAGAAACUCGACUCCCAUCAGAAGUUAAAGGGAGACUACUCAGGACUCUAUAUAACUCCAUGUAACGUGAUAACCAAAAGAUGAAAAAGGAGUAAGAGAUCUUUGAUUAUAAAAAUAAUUCUCUUCAGUUGAGUAUGCAUUUUCUGCCAUUGGGACAUCUGCUUCUAUGUUUACCCAGUUCGUUUGUUGGCUGUAGUUAGGUCCACAAAAUGGAACUAAAUAUAUGAAUGCACUCUUAAAUCAGGUACUAGUUAGUCUCUGUGUUAAAAAUACAGCAGGUGUAUGGUGCUUCUUAGCAUUUGCUUCCUCUAAGCAGCAGGAAAGGUAUCACCUAACAGGUAACCAGGUUUUGAAGGUACUAUAUUAAUCCCAUUAAGCAUGAAAUCUUAAGCAAUUAAGCAAUCUGAUUUGUCUGAAAUGUACAAAUGUUAAUGUUUGUAAUGAAUAACAACUGCCUUAAUCUUUUUGAGAAGAGGUUUAACUAUCUUAGAAGAUGAAUGCAAGUCUACAAAACAGCAAUAAUGAUUUUCCAUGGCAAGAAUUUCCUUCAGGAAAGGGGAGGGGGAAAGGAAACUUUUUUUAGAUUAUGAAAUUUCUUAUGAAUAUAACUUGGAACUUUCUCCAAACUAAAACUGUGGCCCUGUCUUCCAGACUUCGAAAAGGUAGUGCAUGUUUUUCUCUCUUCUGUAAAGUACAUGAAGUGCUGAAUUAUGAUGUGGCGUUUAUUAACGUCUGUUUACAACUAAGACACUUUAAAGACAUGUUAUCUGGUUGCCCUGGGUAGGCUAUUUCACCUAAACAUUUUCAGAAAGGAAAGUGUAAGUGGAAUUGAUAGAUUUCUAUUAUUUUUUAUUUUCUACAGUUUAAUGGAGUUUGAAAACUAAUUUGUGCCUCUUCUGAACUAUUUUCUUUCCAUUUUUCAUAGCUACCUUUUUAAGGUAGAUUGAAUUACUGUUACUUAGAAGUCAUAUUUAGUUAAAUUAUUAGAGAGUCAUGACUGAAAAUUACUUGUAACACUAGAAAACUAAAAUUACAGAUUCAGCUAGAGACUGCAUAUAUCCAACUCUCAUUUUAGCCAACUUGAACAACCAAAAAUCUCUUUCUAAAUUCAGUGAAGGAGAAUAAAUGGACUUGAUGUACACUGUAUUUAGAACAAACAUUUGUCCUCCUUCUGGCAGCAUUCCUGAGGAAUAUUUGGAUAUUUACAUCUGAAAAUUCUUGCUGCUAUAUGGAGCAGCUCUUUCCUUUUUUUAUUUUAUUUUUUAAUUUUCCUGCCCUUUCCUUUUUCUACCUCGUCACCUUACUGUACAUACAUUGUCCUCUACAAUAGCUCAGGACAGGAAAGGCAUGAAGUAAGUUUCAGCAGAUUGGAAUUGUCAACUUUGAAGGGUAUUUGUGAUGCAGUUGGCAGAAGUAACACGUGGGUAUAAAAUGAACUGUGCCUGAGAAGAAUGUUCUGCUCUUCUAAACUCAUGUCAGAACCCUUUUUUCUUUCUUUCCCUCUUUGGCAUGAAUGGUUAGUCUUAAACUCAGUGUAGGCCUGAGUGAGCACGUUCAUGAGGUCAGUAUUUGGAUCAGAUUGUGCUUUAAUAUCUUAAUAGUAGUUUGUAGCAAAGUUUAAUAUCGGUUGCCACAUUGAGAUUUAUGAAUGAAUUUUCCUUCUAGCUAACACAAAUGAAAAGAGUUUUUCUGGCUGCUUUAUUACAAGGCAGCUGACCUAAGAGAAUGGAUCCAUAUCAUUACAGAGGCAAUGUUUGAUGCUUUACCAAAGAGAUGCAGUGGAGUGAGACCUUGGCUUUGUUAAUGCAAAAGUUUCAGCUUCUUCCAGAAUGAGAAGGGCUGGGCCAGUACUUGUCAUUGAGGAUGAGCCUCCAGAAUUUUUUUUUAAUCAGUGCAAUGAAGGCAAAAGGUUGUAAAAGUGCAAAUCUUACAGAAAUACCUGUGUCUGAUUAGAGCAUGAACAUUCCUGAGGGCAUUUGCAAUCUGCAUUGCUGGAGAGUCUCAGUAUUCCAGAGUUAGAGGUUGUAUGUCCAGAGGUCUGUACUCCAAAGUAUUUUAUCUAUCCUUUGGUCUCCUCUUGUGUAUCAACAUGGCAUGUUGUGGGGGUUUUUUAUAACAUAAAAAUGUUAUUUGGCAAAAUAUUUUGCACUAUUAAAAAUCAAAAGUAUCGUAAAAAUUAUUUUAAAUCUUCGCUCUAAACUUCCAAGGCAGGUCAGACCAGGUGGCUCAGGUGCUGUUCAGAUGAGAAAGCUGCAGACCAACCUCAUGGAUACUUGUUUAGAGGUGAUAUUAAUGACUCUGCAGAGGGCAUUCUUCUUUGCUGGUACUAAAUAUUACCCAAACGUAGUGCUGCCAAGUAUGUCUAAGAGAAGACAAGCAACACAAAGGUUUUUGUUCUUGUAGCGCUUCUCAUUCCUUCUCAUUCAUGUCCUUGCAUUUUGUUGGUAAGAACUUCAAGAUUCACCUUUUCUUUUCCUCUGCAUCUGACAUGGUGUUUCUGUCCAUGGUUCCAUCUAAGAUGAUGUUUUGUUUUCUUUGUUUAUUAAAGAUAAUAAACACUGUUAAUGUCUUAAAGAGAAAAACAGGUAAAAUUGUAAAUUAUGGCCAUCAUCAUUACUUUCAAAACCAUCAAACAUGUAAGUCCAGGAAUGCUGCCAGAAAAUUAUUUUUAAAAAUGCCUCUCUGACAGAAUAAAUCUUACUGGCUUUACAUGAGAGUUAGGCACUGAACUCCUAUUAUCACAUAGAUUGUCCCAUUCUUACCUUUGUGGAAAAAAUAUGGAAGCCAUGUGAGGCUGCUAAUAUUCUUAUAGUUAUUAUAAGGAACAUAAAAUUGAACAUUUGAUAGUGGAAUCUUUCAAAAUCAAGGCAUUGUAGGGAUAAUUCAGUGCUUCAUUGAGUGAAAAUGCAGGCUGAAAAGAAGUAAACAGAUGAACUAAAAGAUGGAAGGUAAAAUUCAAGUUAGAAUUAUUUUUAUUUCAGUCAAAAUGUUAGUUACUGUGGUUAUGCCACAUUGUUUCCUUACUAUUUAUAAAUGCCAUAGAGUGUUUACAGUCAUUAAAUAGUAUGUGUUUUUUGGUUUUGAACCUCGUAUGGGUUAGAAAAUAACUCAGUCUUAUAUCUAUGUUGAAUUUAACUGUAGGUACAUUUUUAACUCUGUAAUAUUACAGAGUCUUUUCCACUUACUAUCAGUGAUCUUUUAAAAAGGCUAAUAUUUGUGCCUUAUUUAAACAGAUUUACCAGUUACCAAAUAGAUAAGAGUCCAAGCUGAUAUUUCCGGUUCAACACUGUUGUUCGCUGUCCUUGUGAUAAUAUAAAACUGUUUAUUGGCUACAAAUACAGUAUUUUUAUUAACACAUUGGGUUCUAUGUUAAAAUAAAUUGUCCAGGUCCAGUACUUUUUACAAGUUUUAUACUUUUUAUUUGUGGAAAUCCUUCUAAUGCCUUUGAAAAUCAUCAACAUUCAUCACCAGCUACUGGUGAGAACUGAAUUCUGCUCAGUCAGAGCUCCUGUGGUCUUCUUCAGAGGCAUCUCUUUUCUUCAAGAUCUCAAAAAUCUUCCCAUUUCUCCUGUUUAAGGGAGAUACCAGGUUAUUUGAUUAAGCUUUGUAAAGUUACUUACACACAGGAACAAAUUUCUGAUGUAGAAAUUCAAACUAGCACUUGAAUUUAAUAUCUUCAAGUUUGUUUUGCAUAGAUGUCUGCCUGAAAUGAGCCGUAUCACUCAUCUGGUUUGGAAAAAAGUAAGGGAAGUAGAAAGGAAAAGGAUUCCUGGGUUGUUCCAGUGGGGUGUGGUGAAGCAGAGCCUGGGAGUCCUCAAGAGGGGUAAUAACUUUGAGGAAAUCCAGAUUUCAGGAUAUUGUUUAAUGUUCUAGCUCAGUUGUAGUGAUUCCAACCCACCCAUGUAGGCAAAAGUAAUAUUGCCUAUGGAAUUAAUCCCCUGUGGGAUUUGCAGAAUGGAUAAUGUGUUGUCCCAGUCAGAGCCUUCCCAUCCACCUGUAUAGAGAUGCAACAUGUGAAAAACAGCACAGAUGUUCAGGGAAGGACAGUACUGUGGAUACAAAGGUGAUCCCUACCCACCCUCUAUGCAUGCAGAGGGCAGUCUGUGUAGAGUAGGCAGUGGUUUGCUCUUCCAUCCCACAUAUUUGGGCGUCACAUAGCUUCAAAAAAAUAGACUUGUUCUGAAGGAAGAAUGUAGUUGUAGAAGUUGUCAUAGAACUUGUUGACUGAACCUUCAUUGUCAUUUAGCAUUUCAGUGAUAGUGCUGCUGUUUGGGUUGGGUCAUCAGAAACUCUCAGUGCUGGCUGAAGUCCCCUCUCAGGCAUUGUAACACAGGCUUCAGCCGGAGUUUUAGACACAUGCUGAGGUGCUUUUGAAAAUCCCACCCAAUCUAUUAGAGGAGUGGUUUAGAUCUCAAAAAUCUGGUUUAGGUAUCUUUUCAGGUUUUAGAAUGAGCUAGUUUACAACCUCGUGUUCUUGUAAAUGGUGUAAAGUCUAGGUAAAAAAACAGUUAAGCCAGGUUUUUAAAACAGCUUCUAUUUCUCAACCUACAAUCAAUCAUAUUCAGUCCUACAGAACAAUCUUUCCUUAGUGCAGCCGUCUAAUGGAAUUGCUAGGAGCAUCUAAAAUCUUUUCUCUAUGCAUGUUAUUAAUUGAAGAAACAUUUCAUGCAAUAAUCGGAAGUGCCAGCAUGAGGCCCUUUUGCAAAUGCACCCCCUGUGUAAUACUGACUGUAGCACCCCGUCCUGCAGAAAGGAGCCCCAUAACCGCUGACCUCCCUGACUCUGCAGGGAGAGGUCGAGGGUGGUCUUUAUUGCCAAGGGAGUUAGCAUCUUCUCUCUUGGUGCCAGGCUCUAUUCCAGGUGCUGUGAGACUCCAGCCAGCAUGUUCCCAACAGCCUGAAAUUUGAGGCUAAACAAGUGUGGCUAAUAAAAUUACGCCUGAGGCAAGGAGCUUUCUUAUUGCAAAGCUCAGGAUAGUGAAGGCUGUCUGUUCCCGUGGUAUUGUGGUAAAUCUUUGGAGAACGAACGUGGAAAUAAAUGCACCAGCAAAACCAGUAUGAAUGGUGUUGUGACUUGUCUUCAGUAAUUUCUUUGCUGCUAUUAGAUGUGUAUGUCUUUGCCAAGCAUUGUUUACCUGUUAACAGAAUCUGUGCUGAAUAGAAUGUGUCCUCAUCUUCACCCCAAGAGCAUGGACCACAGCUGGUCUAGAAUUCAUGAUCCUCAGGGUGGUUGAAAAUAAAGGAAUGGAAAAGGAAUGGUAUGUUUCUUUGUACAAAACCUUCCUUGAUUUGCUCUGUAAUGUCUAUUUUACAGUGUUAGUCAGUGGCCACUUGAAAGUACUUGAUAGGUCUUUCCUGGAAGCUACUACACUUCUUCUAAAUAGAGCUGCCUGAUGAGUCCACAGCCACCUUAGUCUAGAGGGCCAUCCACCACCCACAUAGUUGGCAGGGCCGUUGCCAUUUUCUGCUGGGUUGACAGCAGGUAACACAGUUGGCAGUUACUCCAAGGUUUACUGUAGUAAAGGGUACUCAAAUUAAUUUGUGCUAUUACUUAGGUCAAUACUAACAACAUUUGUGUUUAGAGUCCAGUAACAGUAUUAGCAUUUGAAAAAUAGGUUGAGUUCAAGUACGUUGAUGUUUAUUAUGAUUCUGUGUGAAUUGACAUUCUGUUUCUGUUAAAAAUAAGGGAGCUACUUGGUUGUGGGGGGGAAAUGUGUUGACUUUCAAAUCUUCAGUGAUUUUUGUGCAAUAUUUCUCCUUAUUUCAAAGUAAUUUAGUAGUGCACAUCUGCUUUUCAAGCAGAUCCUUGAAAUGGUAUUUUUCAAAAAUGUGUAAAAUUGCAUUUAGCUUUGAAAUAUGGUUGUAUGAUAAAAACAUGAAGAAUAUAUUCUAAUGAGGCAAAUGUAUAUUUCCAAUGACUGGGAAUGAUUAUGGAUGUCACAUUCUAUGGAAAUAAUAGGGCCUAAGCUGGCAUUUGCAUACCAGUUGUUCUACAUAAUUCUUAAAACUAUAACCUGGUUAAAUUGAAGUAAGGUUAAAUAUUAGAAUUUAUGAUGUUUAGUCUAUCAUUUUAUCACUUGUUUAUCAUUGAUAAAAAGAUGAGGAGUUAAGCAUUGCUUUUCAGUACCACCAAUGAGGUGAGAGUUCACCGUGAUGACCAAAUGUAUUAAGAAUUUAGUUUGUGACAUCCCUAAUUAUCAUAAGUCAUUACUUAAAAUAUGUACUAAUGUUGCCAGUAUCAUUUUAAUUUUUGUAAAUGAAUUUCUUUGUGUAUUGAUGUACAUUUUGUUUUAACCUUUGGUUUUCCCUUGAGAACUUUUUAAAAUUAAUAUACUUGAAUGAGGCAAUAAAGCACUGUGGAACAGCUAGUCUCGGUGCAGCUUACGCACAAGCACAUCACGUCUGUUACUUCAUGAUUUUUGAAGAGGAAGAGAAAUUUGAAAUGCUUACAUGUUUAGCCAGCUGACAAUUUGCAUUGGUUAUCUUUAGAUCUGCGUCAGAUACGAUGAGAAAUGCCUCAACACAGAACAAAGCAACAUUAUGUAUCCCAAUGCUUCUAAUUUUUUUCAGAAUGUUUUUUAGUGACCUUUGAAAACCGUUCCUGAUAAUGUCCUUGUUGUGAGCCUUUAAUACUUAUAGGAAAGGCAUGAAGUACAGGAUGUUUUGAGGUUUUAUUGGUCAUUUUAAUAAUUUCAGAGAUUUUAAAAAAAACACAACCAGCAUUGUCCUAAUGGUUUUAAAAAUUUAGUUAGUUACUGACCUUUAAUAAAACUAGAACCAAAUCUAAGAAUUUACUCCAUGCUUCUGCACCCUCUAGACUACUGUUCAAAGUCAUCUCAAGAACUGUAAUUCAGACCUUUAGACUACUGUCAGUAGUGCACUGUGUAGAUGUAGUAAGUGAGCUGUGAUGUAUGGUGUGUUUUGAUUUUUUUCUUUUUCCUUCCAAGUCUGUGGCAUUGGUAGAAGUUUUUGGUGAACUCCACAUUACCAUAAAGUGCCCAACACUGUAAUAUAAAAUAAAACUUAACAAUAUCAAAA